AAGCAGCUUUCAAAAGCGGAUCCUCCCUGGUCGUCGUUCCUUACCCCCUUGUCCCCUGGCCGAAGUUGAGCGCGCAGUCCCUCUCUGGGUGUACAUUUCUAGAGUGCUGGAUCCUAGAGCUCCCUGGGAUAUCCAGAGAUUGAGCCCAUCAUGGCAGAAGUGAAGGUGGAUGCCCGGGCCAGCAUCGACUGGCAGAAACGAUGCCUGGCUCUGGAAACUCAGCUUUUCCGCUUCCGCCUGCAGGCCAGCAAGAUCAGAGAGCUGCUGGCUGACAAGAUGCAGGAGCUGGAGCAGAGGCUGCUGGAAGCCGAGCAGAGAGCCGAGAAUGCGGAGACCCAGGUGGGAAUGAUGGAAGAAAGGGUGAAACUGUCCAGUCUGAAGAACGUCAGCUCUGCAGGCAGCCUGCAUCAGAAAUACCAAGAACUGCUGAGAGCCACACAAGACAAAGACCAGCUCAUCCACCAGCUGGGGGCACAGCUGGACAAGCAGAAGCAAAUGAGAGCCGAAGAAGCAAAAAUUGUUCAGGAAAAAGCUGCAAAGAUCAAGGAAUGGGUGACGGUAAAAUUAGCAGAGCUUGAGACGGAGAAUCAGCGCCUGAAGAGCUGUAAUCAGCACCUAGCAGAGCAGGUGGGAGCCCUUCAGGAUGCACUGGAAGCUCUUCAGGUGGCACCUUCGGAGAAACUGCUAGUGGCUCAUGAGGGGACCGCAGAGCGGGCUUGUGUCCCUCCAGGGCCAGGAGCUCCACCUAUGGGGAAAGGUGGUGGUGCCAAGACCCAAGAGUUGAAGACAGCUGUGCCCGGAUCGCCCCUGGGUACCCCACAGAGCAAGAACUCCAUGUCUGAAGCCCAAAGCCUUGAGGACUCAAAUUCUAGCUUGGUCCACCCUGGGGAACGAGCAGAGGUUAAAACUGUUCAACCUCAUCGGGGAAGAGAGGGCUCUCCUAACCAGCUGCGCAUGAAGCCUCGCACCCCCAGAUGUGGGUCAGCCUCUUACAAGGAGGGCCUGGCCAUGGCUCAGGGAGGGACACUCCCUGGGACCAAGACCUCUGCCAGGGAAGGUGGCCCUGGUAGUAGCCUGACCCUACCAAAGGUCCGGGCUCCCAGUGUCCUCCGAGACAGCUUCCAGGUGGCCAAAAGGCACCACAGCCAGCCCCAGGUGGGCCCUGGACACUUAGAUCAUGUGGUGAGCAUUGAGAUAGGGGCCCUGUCGGCCCUCCACCCCUCCCGCCUCUCCAAGCUAGAGGCCAGAGCUAAAGUUCGGGAAGAACCAGAGAAGAUGGAGAUGGAGCCACCUCCAGGAGGGAGACAGGAAGAAGAAGAAAGCCUGAAGGCUCCCAGAGCUGAGCCGGAGGACGUUGAGCUGGAGAACAAGCCACCCACACCCCCCCUGCACCGGUUCCCAUCAUGGGAGAGUCGGAUCUACGCAAUGGCCACAUCGGGCAUGCAGCUGUCAGACAUGUCUCCCCGAAGUAAUGCUGCCUGUUGCGCUUCAAGCCCUGCUUCCCUCACAUCCCCUGGGCCUUUCUCCGGCCUGGUCUACAAGAAUAUCACCGUGCCUGUCUACGCAGCCCUGAAGGGGAGAGCCACGCAGAUCAGCAGCGUGCCCUUCGUGGAUGAGGCCUCCAGCUCCGACGAUGACUGCGGCUCUCAGGCCAGUUUCCGGCUGUCAGUCCCCUGCUCGGAGUGCAGGAGGACCAGUGGACUAGGCAGCCCCCGGGCCAUCAAGAGAGGGGUGUCCAUGUCCUCACUGAGCUCUGAGGGUGACUACGCCAUUCCCCCUGAUGCCUGCUCACUGGACAGUGACUACUCCGAGCCCGAACACAAACUGCAGCGCACCUCAACUUACUCCACGGACGGCCUGGGCCUCAGCGGGGAGUCACUGGAGAAGUCGGGCUACCUGCUGAAAAUGGGGAGCCGGGUGAAGACGUGGAAGAGGCGCUGGUUUGUCCUGAGACAGGGACAGAUUCUGUACUACAAGAACCCAAGUGAUGUCAUCCGGAAGCCUCAAGGCCAAGUGGAUCUGAACUCUCAUUGCCAAAUUGUUCGCGGGGAGGGUGCGCAAACAUUCCAGCUCAUCUCUGAGAAGAAAACCUACUACCUGACGGCGGACUCACCCAGCCUGCUAGAAGAGUGGAUCCGGGUCCUGCAGAGCUUGCUAAAAGUCCAGGCCACUGGGCCUCCAGCUUUGCAUCAUGGGGGUGCCAAGCCCACUGUGAAGGGCUGGCUGACCAAGGUCAAACAUGGCCACUCCAAGCUGGUCUGGUGUGCUCUUGUUGGCAAAACCUUCUACUACUACCGGAGUCACGAGGACAAGAGACCCUUGGGCCACCUGCCUGUGCGGGAUGCUCGCAUCGAGGAAGUUGACCGGUCCUGUGACUCGGAUGAGGACUAUGAGGCUGGAGGAGCGGGACGGCUGCGCUCCUCCCACUGCACCCUGGUGAUCCAGCCCCCAGAGCACAGCCCCUCCUACCUCCUCAUAGGCACCAAGCACGAAAAGGAUACAUGGCUUUACCACCUCACAGUGGCCGCAGGGGGCAGCAGUGCCAAGGUGGGCACUGUCUAUGAGCAGCUCAUCGGGAAACUGAUGGACGGUGAGGGAGACCCAGACUCCCCGCUGUGGAAGCACCCCAUGCUGUGCUACAGCAGAGACGGGCUGUGCGCCUCCCUGACCACCCUGCCCUCUGAAGCCCUGCAGACCGAGGCCCUCAAGCUCUUCAAGUCUUGCCAGCUCUUCAUCAAUGUGCCCGUGGAAGCCGCCUCGGUGGACUACCACGUGUCCCUGGCCCAGACGGCGCUGCAGGUCUGCCUCGUCCACCCCGAGCUCCAGAGCGAGAUCUACUGCCAGCUCAUGAAGCAGACCAGCUGCCGCCCACCUCAGAAGUACUCUCUCAUGCAGUGCUGGCAGCUCCUGGCUCUGUGUGCCCCGCUCUUCCUGCCCCAGCAUCACUUCCUGUGGUACGUCAGGCAGCAGCUGCAGCGCCACGCAGAUCCCAGAAAUGAAACUGGCCAGUACGCCACCUACUGCCAGCGGGCAGUGGAGAGGACCCUGCAAACAGGGGAACGGGAGGCCCGGCCGUCUCGUAUGGAAGUGGUGUCGAUCUUGCUGCGGAACCCCUUCCAUCACUCCUUGCCCUUCAGCAUCCCCGUGCACUUUGCCAAUGGGACUUACCAGGUCGUUGGUUUUGAUGGCUCCUCCACAGUUGAUGAAUUCCUCCAGCGGCUAAACCAGGAGACAGGCAUGAGAAAGUCAUCCCACUCUGGCUUUGCCCUCUUCACGGAUGAUCCUUCCGGCAGGGACCUGGAGCACUGCCUGCAAGGAAGUGUCAAGAUCUGUGAUGCCAUCUCCAAAUGGGAACAAGCCCUUAAAGAGCUGCACCCUGGAAAAUCUGAGGGUGGGACGCGCGUCGUGAAGCUGAUGUACAAGAACAGGCUGUAUUUUCGGAGUCAAGUCAAAGGGGAGACAGAGCGAGAGCGGCUGCUACUGGCCUCCCAAAUAAGUGGAGAAAUAGUGGCUGGGAGAUUUCCAGUCACCAAGGAACUGGCUCUUGAAAUGGCUGCUCUGAUGGCCCAGGUGGAAUACGGGGACUUGGAGAAGCCUAUCCUGCCAGGUCCUGGGGGCACACCCUCUGCCAAAACUCAGCAUCUCCUCCAGCAGGUCCUGGACAGGUUCUACCCAAGGCGUUACAGACACGGAGCACCUCCUGAACAGCUGAGGCAUUUGGCAGAUACACUGGCCACCAAGUGGGCAGCUCUGCAGGGCUGCUCCCCUUCUGAGUGCAUCCGCAUCUACCUGACUGUUGGUCGGAAAUGGCCUUUCUUUGGUGCUAAGCUAUUUGCUGCUCAGCCUGCCCAGCUGUCUGCCAAGGAGAACGCUCUGGUGUGGAUCGCUGUGAAUGAGGAUGGCGUCAGCAUCCUGGAUCAUCACACUAUGCAAGUGCACAUCACAUACCCCUACUCUUCAGUGACCACCUUUGGGGGCUGCAGAGAUGACUUCAUGCUCGUGAUCAGAUCCGCUCCAGACCAGAGCUCUGGAAAAGGCCACAUAGACAAGUUGAUCUUCCGAAUGGCUGCUCCCAAGAUUGCAGAAGCUACCUUCACCAUGGCCAGCUACAUGAACCACUGCGCUGCACCCACGAACCUACCCGCCAAACUGCCUACAGCCCGCCAGCCCUGGGAACUGGAUGGACGACAGUUCUUUGCUUCUGUUUCCUGCACCAAGGGGCCGGCAUUGUAGUGACUGUUUCUCUUUACUUCCCCUCCACCACUGGUACCUCUGGGAUACUGGAUUGAAAUCCCAGGGUAUACUGCUACUGUGAUGGGCCUAACAGCCCCUCCCUCCCAAUGGUUCUGUGAAACAUGUCUUAGGGUCUGAAGCCUUUACUUUCUAGUGCCUUAUAUUUCAGGGCCCAAUAUCUAAAACCCCAGACCCAAUGUCAGAAACACUGUUUUGUUUUGAAACAAGAGUACUGACUGUGGCUGCUGCCUGAUUCUAGACUGGGUCAGAAGGGCAGCGGUACUGUAUUUGGGCUUCCGCACUGAGCUCAUCUUUAUAUUGUUUGUGGUCUGUCUGUGGAGAUUUAUACUUGAAGUUUUCUGAAGAUCCCUGACAGGAUAGGACUAAAAUUUUCAGAUCACCUAAACUCUGACAAAUGCCUACAAAAUUUCUAAAACUGGAUUUUCUUUCCCAAAGGGAAAAAGGUAUUGGCAGGGUGGGUUUAAAAAAAAACAAAACACCUACUACCUUUUGCCCCUUUUCUGAUGGUUGAGGCAUUUGCAGCUCCCCUGAUCUUUGCGAGCAGCACACUACCCCUGCUAAGAUUGAAGCUUUUUCUCUUACACUGGACUAUACAGUCCUACCAGAGACGGGGAUAGGUCCGAUCUGACCCCUCCCUGUUUUGUUUUAAUGCCGGGACAAGGCUCAGUGAAGACUCCUCACUAGUGAAGGACGAGGUGCUCGUGGCCUCCUGAGACCGAGCAAGUGCUCUUCACUUUGCUGCGCUGCUCUGAGGCCACCGACGAUGCGUCGGGAACACAAGACCCCUCCACCUGCUCGAGGGCUUGAGUGUGCUCUUCAAGGCUUCUGGUAAAGUUUCCGCUAGGAGUCAGAGGCACAGGGCACGUAUGUGAUACGUGCUGCAGCCUAUGAGCAUCAGGUGAAAUGCAGAAAAGUUUCUUACCUUUUUUGUUUUCUUUUUUGCCUUCCUGAGAACAUUUUACAUCCCUCUUGACUCAGACUCUCUAAUUGAGUCUAAUGGAUGGUCUUUGUCUCCACUACCUCUUCCCCCACCAAUAAAUAACACUCUAGUUUUCCAGCAUCUGAAAAACGUAAUUUUAUUCAGAGCUCUAGAUCAGUUUUUGUCAGUAACUGGGACAGCAGGAGUAACCAAGCCUUUAUCCCCAACAAUGUGCAUUGUCAAACACUGCAAAAAGCUGCUGUGAGUCCCCUCUUACCCUCUGAACUGAUGGCUUCACUUUACAAAGGAGGCAGUUUUACAGGCCGCCUUGUCCCUAUCCCAAACCCUACCCUAGGAUUUGGGGUUCCAGUGGAGACAUGUCUACCUCAAAUUAUAGAUCACACGAAGUAAAAGCUCCUGGACAACCCCUGCAAGGCUGGGGUAAAAGGCAGAGAUUACAGCUCUGGUCUUGUAUUUCAAGAGUUUAGGGCCAUAAAGAUGUCUAUUUUGGGAGGAUUAUUUUGUUUUAUUCUUAAGUAGGGUUCCAAGACUAGAGCAGUGUUUUUAUACUUCAUUUGGAGAUCAAAAUUCUCCCUUUUUCUGUCCCAGUCCUUAGGAUUCUUCUCUUAAUUUUAUGUGGAACAAACUGCCUUAGGAACAAAGGCUUCUAGAGCUGGCUUAUUUAUCCUUCCUUAUGACAGUCCCAUGUACAGGAACCAAAGUGAAAUCUUGUUUUUUGUCUCUACCCUCUUGGCAAAAGCAGCUUUUGAAACAAUAGAAAAUGCUGAAUAACAGAAAGGUAAUAAUAUGCUUGAUACCCAUGACUGAAAAGUCAUUAUCAUGUUGUCAAUAAAAAGCUGUCUGUGAACCAGGUGA